UAUUAGUUGUGAAGUCGUGUGUUAUGCACAGCAACGUGCUCCCCAAAUAAUACACAUCGUUUCCUCUCUUUUUUGAACGUUUUUUUGUUGCUGUGUCUUCGGUGGUCUGUCCUUCAAAGGAUUUUUCUUUUUCUAUUUAAAAAUAUAUAAAAAAAUAAAAAAAAAAUUAAUUAUUAAAAAAAUACCUAAUCUAAAUAUUUUCAAAAAUAUACAAAAUUCGGUGUAUUAAGUUUAAAGUGUGCUAACGAGUGUUCAAGUUGGUGUUGACAGUGAUGAUUAAGGAGUUAUAUCUUUGAAAUUAAUGAUCUUAAAUAAAUAAAAGUGUUCUCGAGUGAAGUGUGCAAGAAGUGUUAAAAGCUCUACAACAAAUAAUAUCGUUCAUCAAAAUCCAACAAAAAAUCCCUAUACCUUUGAGAGUAUAGAAGAAGGGUUCUUUAAGUACAACUAAACAAAUAACAAAAUCAUCAUUUCAAUUGGCAGCAUCAUCUACCUAUAAAUAUGGGCAAGAAAAAUUCCAAAUUGAAGCAGGAUACCAUCGAUCGGCUUACCACAGAUACUUAUUUCACAGAAAAAGAAAUCAGACAAUGGCACAAAGGUUUUCUAAAAGACUGUCCGAACGGUUUACUCACAGAACAAGGUUUUAUCAAAAUUUACAAACAGUUCUUCCCACAAGGAGAUCCCAGCAAAUUUGCCUCACUUGUGUUUAGGGUUUUUGACGAGAACAACGAUGGUUCAAUAGAAUUUGAGGAAUUCAUUCGGGCGUUAUCGAUUACAUCGAGAGGAAAUCUAGACGAGAAGCUACAUUGGGCGUUUAGACUUUAUGAUGUUGACAAUGAUGGCUUCAUUACCAGAGAUGAAAUGUACAACAUUGUGGAUGCCAUUUAUCAAAUGGUGGGUCAACAACCACAAACCGAGGACGAAAAUACCCCACAAAAACGAGUGGAUAAAAUAUUUGAUCAAAUGGAUAAAAAUCAUGAUGAUCGUUUAACACUGGAAGAAUUUCGUGAGGGUAGUAAAGCUGAUCCACGUAUAGUUCAGGCGUUAAGUUUAGGUGGUGAUUAGCCGACAGAAACGUAGUCUAAAAAUUAGGUUAUCUUAUAAUAACUUAUUUAUUUAACAAAAAAAUAACUCCCUUGACAGAAGAAAAAUGAAUAUAUAAAUAUUUACAAAACAACCAACUCAUAACAUCAAAAAAAUAUAUAAAUUAAACUUCCCUGAACAAAAUGAGAAACAAAACAGUAUAAAAAUUAGCUUCCUUAAAAACAUAUAUUUGAAUAAAAAUAAAAAAUAUUAUGAAAAUUCAACCAGAACUUCUGCAAAAUUCAACCGACACUUCAAAAAUUUGAAAAGAUGCAUAUAGGUUCGACCCUGAAGAAAAAAAUCUCAAAAAUCAAUAAGUCUGUAGAUAAAUUCGAAUACAAACAACAACAACAAAAAAUAAAUUUAAAAAGAAAACGCUCAGCAAUAUUUGGAAAUUAAAAAAGUUAGAUUUUGACAAAAUAAAACAAAAUUAAAUUUAAAUUAACAAGAGUGUAUAAAAAUAUAGAUUGUAAAUUUAAUAAUCUUCAACGAAAAUUAUUUAAAAGAUAAUUAAAAAUAAUACAAAAAAAUGGUUCAAAAGCCGGGUCUAGAUAAAGGUGCGUUGGCAUAUUUUAAUAAAAUCUUAUCUUUAAAACAUAAACAAAAAGAUUUCUUCCCAAAAUGAAAUUUGUAUAGAAAAUAAUGCGUUACCAAUUAAAAAAUUUAAUCUCAAUUACAAUUUAAAUAAUUCAAAUAUCUAAAUUAAAAACAAUAAAUUUUAUAAUUGAAAACCAAAAAUAUAUAUUAUAUUCCUUGAUAACCAGAAAUUUCACGAGUUACCUAUAAAAAUAUUUCUUUGGUUAGCUUCGUGUUCUUAGUCCAAUGGAUUUAAUUUAAAAAAGAAAAAAAAACAGUACUAUUUUAUCAUUUUAUUUUACUUUGGGACAAUUAAGAUCUAUAGAAGCAGACCUAUCUUCCCGUCGUCUCUACAAAGUCUGGAGUCUUAAAUCUUACAGAACGCUUUAAAACGACAGCUCAAUUUUUACUGCGAAAGGUAUACUUGAUUUUAUUGACAAGCUAGUGUUAAUUCCAAAAAGUAUAGGUACCAAUAUUGUGUCCUGUGGUAAGCGAAGAAUUCGCUUAAAUCUGCUUGUAAAAAGUUGAAAGCUACCUGAAUAAGCCGUAGUAAAAUUAAAGUCAAGUGGUCAAAUAUUUUAUUGAAAAUUAAUUAAUUUUAUUAUUUAACUUUAACUUAUAUUUGUUGGUUUUUACUCAUACCAAUUUAAUACAAUUUUAUUUUAUUAAUAUUUUUGUUUUAAUAUGAAAUCAAUUAAAUACAUUUUUCUAUUUUAAUUUUUAUAUAAAUUAUAAAUUCAUGUCUUGAUUUUGAGGCUAUUCUGUCAAAAAUCUUGUCAGUUUGUUGGCAACAACCUUCUUUUCAAUUUUUUAAAUGGAAGCAAAAGGUUAAAUAAAAAUUUAAAUCCAAAACGUUCGUUGCAGCAAAAUACUCGUUCAAAUGCUCUUCCUUAUUUUAAAACCCUUAAAAGAAGAAAAACAAAAAAACUUUUACCUAAAUCAAAUAUCGUAAAAUAUUACCUUCAAAAUAAAUCAAAUUUUAUAAUAAAUA